CACACAAGAGAAAUAGAAGAGCAAAGAGCCUAAGAUCAAAGGAUGGCCUCGUCUUCUUUCUUCCUUCUCCUCACUACUCUUCUUGUCUCGGUCUCGUGGCAGGCCAUCGCCUCCGAUCCUAGCCCUCUCCAAGAUUUUUGUGUCGCUGAUAAGAACUCUCCAGUGCUUGUCAACGGGUUUGUUUGCAAGAACCCGAUGUACGUGAAUGCGGAUGACUUCUUCAAGGCUGCCGAACUAGACAAGCCUAGGAUGACCAACAAGGUUGGUUCCAACGUCACCUUGAUCAACGUCAUGCAGAUCGCUGGCCUCAACACCCUAGGUAUCUCAAUAGCACGCAUCGACUACGCACCCUUGGGUCAAAACCCACCCCACACGCACCCCCAUGCCACCGAGAUUCUCACUGUGCUUGAAGGGACACUCUAUGUGGGUUUUGUCACCUCAAACCCAGACAACAAGUUCUUAUCCAAGUUGCUCAACAAAGGUGAUGUGUUCGUAUUUCCUGUCGGGCUCAUCCACUUCCAAUUCAACCCCAAUCCAUACAAACCAGCUGUCGCAAUUGCGGCACUCAGCAGCCAAAACCCCGGAGCUAUCACCAUUGCUAAUGCGGUGUUUGGAUCUAAUCCACCAAUCUCAGAUGUUGUUUUGGCCAAGGCAUUUCAAGUGGAGAAGGGGACAAUAGGUUGGCUCCAGGCUCAAUUCUGGGAGAACAACCACAACUGAAUAAGUCAUAAAGAAUGCCAUGAAAGAUCUGUAUGUUUGUACUAUUGCAAGUGACUUGCUUUAAUAUCUAUGGUAUGAAAUAAAUGGAUCACAUAUUUGUAUUGUGCUAGUGCUCGUCUGUGAACUGCCACUUUGAAUAAUCGCC